UGGAGGGAACCGAGAAAAGCGUGAGAAAGCAUCCAAUCAUGGCAAAAUGCAUGAGCCUCAUCAGAAGUUGUCGGCAACAACCAUGCAAAGAUUAAGGUAUCCUCAGAGAUGUGAACUAAUCUACCUAAAUAAUAAUGCUAUUUUAUUGCAUAAGUGGAAGUCAAAAGCCUCCAUAUCAGGCUUUAUUUCCUUAGCAUCGCAAUUUGCAACACCGACGUUAACUCCCUCAACACCUUACAAUUACUAUCCAAUACUACAAUUCAUCAUUUAUAUAUCACCCACAUAUCGAAGCUAAUAGAAGUCUCUACCAAUAUUAUAACACCUUUUCUCCUUCCCAAACAUUGGAAAACACCCUUUAUUAAUUCACUCUCAAUUUCCGUGUGUUGACUUUAUCGUUUACAACAACAUCUAUUAAAAUUCGCAUCUUCCUCUACCACAAUUUUCAUGACACAACUAAAUGUGCCACAACCAGAAGCAGCUACUACUCUUCUCACCAUUUCACAAAUUUGACUUCUUAUCCCCAUUCAUCUAUCCCUCACCAUUUCACAAAUUUCUAGCUAAUACUGUCUCAUCCUUCUUCUGACAACCAAAACAUCAAAAACCCAACUUUUCUAUUGUUCUUAGUUUAGCAGAUUCCGUUUCCAACCUUUUAGCAUGGAUGAAAUUGAAAUUCCUGCUCAUUUUCUUUGCCCCAUUUCCCUCCAACUCAUGAGGGACCCUGUAACUGUUUGCACAGGAAUCACUUAUGACAGAGAGAACAUAGAGAAGUGGUUGUUUUCAUGCAAGAACAACACAUGCCCCGUUACCAAGCAGUGCCCAUUGGAUCAUGAUCUCACCCCAAACCACACUCUACGCAGGUUGAUCCAAUCUUGGUGCACCCUCAAUGCCUCAUUUGGAGUUGAACGCAUUCCAACUCCAAAGUCACCAAUCGACAGAACUCAGAUUGUGAAACUCCUCGUAGAAGCAAAGAAGUUCCCCGAGAAGCAACUCAAAUGCCUCACAAGACUUCGAUCCAUUGCCUUUGAGGGUCAAAGGAACAAGGCCUGUUUAGAGUCUGCAGGAGUUGUUGAAUUCUUGGCCUCAACCAUGAAGCACAAGACAGAAGAAAACUCAACUGUUCUCUGUGAAGCAGCUAUCGAAGUCUUAUUCCACCUUAGCCCUUCUGAGGCUCAGCUUAAAGCUCUCUUAUAUAACGAGGGGUUUCAGUUUAUUGAAUCAUUGUUCCACGCGUUGAGGCUUGGAAACUACCAAUCGAGAGCUUAUGCAACCAUGCUGCUUAGAUCAGCAUUGGAGGUGGCUGAUCCCAUCCAACUGAUCAGUGUCAAAACAGUGCUGUUUGUGGAAAUCUUGCGCGUGCUGCGUGAUCAGAUUUCGCAACAGGCUUCAAAGGCUGCAUUGAAGCUGAUCGUGGAGCUCUUUCCGUGGGGCAGAAACAGGAUCAAAGGGGUUGAGGGUGGUGCAGUUUCGGUCCUGAUUGAGCUACUUCUUUGUACCUCGGAAAGAAGAACCUGUGAACUGAUUUUAAUAGCUUUGGAUCAACUUUGUGGGUGUGCAGAAGGGCGUGCAGAGUUGUUGAACCAUGGUGCAGGAGUGGCCAUUGUGUCCAAGAAAAUUCUAAGGGUCUCUCUCGUGGCAAGCGAUAGAGGGGUUAGAAUUUUGGCCUCCAUUUGUAGGUAUUCCGCCAAUGCUAGGGUGCUCCAUGAAAUGUUGCAGGUUGGGGCUGUGUCAAAGUUGUGUUUGGUGCUUCAAGUGAAUUGCAAUUUCAAGACCAAAGAGAGAGCCAAGGAGAUACUCAGAUUGCAUUCCUCAGUUUGGAAGAAUUCUCCAUGUAUUCCUGUUCCUUUGUUAUCUUCUUUUCCUUGAUCUAAUUUCAUCAUACUUUCUAUUUUUUUUUACAUGCAUCUGAUGAAAGUGUCUGAUGCCAGAGGUUUUGGAGUUAUAAAAUUAAUCACUUAGUUAUAUGAAGGAGAAAAAAAAAUCCUUAGAUGAUUUUUUGUUAAACAUUGUACUGAUAUAAACAGAAGUAUUAGUUGACUUUAACUUUUCUUUUAACAUGGGUAUUGCUUGAUUGAAAGUUAGAGAUUAAUGUCCUUUGCACGAAAG